AUGUCGUCGAUUUUGGUUUACGAUCGUGAGCACAACUUCAAGAAAUGGUUUGUUUAUUGGAUUCCAAAGUCCAAGACACUUGGGGUCAAAGAUGCGAAAGAUGUUGUUUAUGAAAAGGAAAUGACGGUUCAAGAUCGAAUGGAUCUUCUGAAUGUCACCAAAACGUUGCUAGAAGACAAAUGGAGCGAUUUGUUCGCUGAAUGCGGUCUUCACAUUGAAUCCGUUGCCGACAAGGAAAUCGUUUUGUCGUUUGCACUUGAACGAAAUGUGACAUUGGAGAAAGCCGAGUUAACUGGAGAUUUUGACGAACUUCUUUAUUUGGAAUAUCUGAGAAUGAAGACAAUGUUGAAUUCGUCGCCGACAAAGAGAAAGCGUACAGCUUCCGCCGUCGAUCCAUCAACAUCGGUGGAUGAGAAGUUAAAGAGUCCAGAAUUGGUUCCAUUGAAGAAACGCAUCACAAGAUCUUCAGCCAAAUCAAACGGACCACAAUUUGAAGAGCAAUAA